AGAAGGGUGAUAUUCAAUAACUCUUGGAGCCCAUUAGCUUAUCAGCAUAUUGCAACGAAAACCAUUUGCUAGAUUGGCAACUUUUCACCUCUCCCCUGCUUGCUUACCCGAACCGAAGAGAGUCAAUAUUUCAAGUUUGCAAGCUUGCUUCCAAGACUAUUCUCGAAUCCAUUUUAUGUACUUGUGUCUAUUUUUCUUUUUAACCUCUGACCAUUUGAACCUUCUCCUGUACGAUUAUGGGCUCCAAGCGAGGAAAUGCACAGAUUCUCAUUCGUGGUAGCGAUGUACUGUUUUCUAUUAAACCGCAUUGGUGACCUGGAGGCUGGGCUCCUCCGCUACCGUUUCAUUGCAGAGACAAAGGCGGAUCUGACCCCACCAUGGCAGAGAAGUGCAAUUACAUCGCGAGUGUGUACGGUUAUGACUUGGGCUGCCGUUUCAUCAACUUCAAGCCCCUGGGCUUCGGAGUGAACGGGCUUGUCCUCUCGGCAGUCGACAGCAAGAGCUGCCGCAAGGUGGCCGUGAAGAAGAUCGCGGUGAGCGAUGCUCAGAGCAUGAAGCACGCCUUCCGGGAGAUCAAGAUAAUCCGCCGGCUGGACCACGACAACAUCGUAAAGGUCUACGAGGUGUUGGGGCCCAAAGGAGCUGAUCUCCAAGGGGAUCUGUUCAAAUUUAACAUGGUGUACAUCAUCCAGGAAUAUAUGGAGACGGACCUGGCCCGUCUUCUGGAGCAAGGGCCUCUCUCUGAGGAACAUGCCAAACUUUUCAUGUACCAGUUGCUCAGAGGCCUGAAGUACAUCCAUUCAGCUAAUGUCUUGCAUAGGGACUUGAAGCCCGCCAACAUCUUCAUCAACACAGAGGAUCUAGUGCUGAAGAUCGGUGACUUUGGAUUAGCUAGGGUCGUGGACCAACAUUACUCACACAAGGGUUACCUCUCAGAAGGGCUGGUGACAAAAUGGUAUCGAUCUCCUCGCCUGCUGCUUUCACCAAACAACUACACCAAAGCAAUUGACAUGUGGGCAGCUGGUUGCAUUCUAGCAGAGAUGCUGACAGGGAAGAUGCUUUUUGCUGGUAGGUCUUCAGUUCUUGCUGGAAGCCACGAGCUGGAGCAGAUGCAGCUCAUUUUGGAGACCAUCCCUGUUUUCCACGAAGAGGACAAGGAGGAACUGCUCAAAGUGAUGCCGACAUUCGUCAACAGCACCUGGGAAGUGAAGAAGCCAUUGCGGAAGCUCCUUCCUGAAGUGAACAGCAAAGCCAUCGAUUUUCUGGAGAAGAUUCUGACAUUCAAUCCCAUGGACCGGCUGACCGCAGAGAUGGGUUUGCAACACCCUUAUAUGAGUCCUUAUUACUGUCCCGAAGACGAGCCCGUUUCUCAGCACCCAUUCCGGAUCGAAGACGAGAUUGACGACAUUUUGCUGAUGGAAGCGAACCAAAGCCAGAUGUCCAACUGGGACAGGUACCAAGUGAGCUUAUCCUCGGAUUUGGAAUGGCGGCAAGAGAAGUGCCACGAUUUGGACGAGGUGCAACGAGAUCCCAGAGCGGGAUCGGAAUCCAUUGCUGAGGAGGCUCAGGUGGACCCGCGCAAAUAUUCCCAGAGCAGCUCCGAGAGAUUCCUGGAGCAGUCGCAUUCCUCGAUGGACCGAGCGUUUGAGGGAGAUUACGGGCGGUCGUGUGAUUACAAAGUGGGGUCGCCUUCCUAUUUGGACAAGCUGUUGUGGAGGGACAACAAGCUCCACCAUUAUUCAGAGCCCAAGCUCAUCUUAGACUUGUCACACUGGAAAAGGGCAUCUAUUGCACCCACGGCGGAGAUCGCCUUGGAGGAGGAACCAUCCAACCUAUUCCUAGAGAUAGCGCAGUGGGUUACGAGUACCCAGACGGGACUUGAAUGCCCAAAUCCUCUCCCAGAGAUCCAGGAGAGGAGCUUACCAUCUUCUCCUCACCAUCUCCACAAAGAACCCAAGGAGGUCGGCAGUGAAAGCGACCCCCAGUUUGACUUGGACGUCUUCAUUUCCAGGGCAUUAAAACUUUGCACAAAGCCAGAAGAUCUGCCUGACAACAAGCUCAAAGACAUCAACGGUGCAUGCCUAGCAGAACACCCUAGUGAGAUUGUACAGACGGAGGUGUACCAUAAAGAGAGGUGGUAAAAUAAUAAUAAUAAUAAU